GCUGCCUACUGACGUCAGCCCGUUCUCAACGUACGUACACCGUGCUCGCGCCUGCCCUUCAGAUCCGUCCACAUCCUGCUAAGCUCACCUCCGAAGUGCAGCAACCAUGGCUCUGCUGAAGUCCAACAAGGUGAUCUCCAGCCUGGGGAAUGUUUGCCCGGCCCUGGGAGCUCUGUCCAUCCGCUACAGCUCUUGGUGGGCUGGAGUGCAGAUGGGUCCCCCAGACCCCAUCCUGGGGGUGACAGAGGCCUUCAAGAGGGACACAAACCCCAAGAAGAUGAAUCUGGGAGUUGGAGCCUACAGAGAUGACCAAGGAAAGCCGUUCGUUCUCACCUGCGUUCGCAAGGCAGAGGCUCUGAUUGCAUCCAAACAGCUCGAUAAGGAGUAUCUCCCCAUCGGUGGUCUAGGUGAAUUUAACAAAUCCUGUGCCCAGCUGGCUCUUGGUGCUGACAAUGAGGUGUUAAAGAGUGGCAGGAGCAUCACUGUUCAAACAAUCUCAGGAACUGGAUCUUUGCGUAUUGGAGGAAACUAUUUGGCUCGAUUCCAUUCAGGCCCACUUGACGUGUAUCUGCCUAAACCUUCCUGGGGAAACCACACGCCCAUCUUCAGAGAUGCUGGCAUGCAGCUCAAAGCGUACAGAUACUACGACCCCUCCACCUGUGGCUUUGACUUCAAAGGGGCUCUGGAGGACAUUUCUAAAAUCCCAGAGAAGAGCGUAAUUCUGCUUCAUGCAUGUGCUCACAACCCCACGGGUGUGGACCCCAGGCCCGAACAGUGGAAAGAGAUUGCUGACAUUGUCAAGAAAAGAAACCUGCUGGUGUUCUUCGACAUGGCGUAUCAGGGCUUCGCUAGCGGCGACAUCGACCGUGAUGCCUGGGCUGUACGCCACUUCAUCGAGCAGGGCAACAACAUCCUCCUGUCUCAGUCCUUUGCUAAGAAUAUGGGCCUGUAUGGUGAGCGUGUGGGAGGCUUCACUGUUGUGUGCAGCGAUGCAGAAGAGGCAAAAAGGGUUGAGUCUCAACUUAAGAUCCUGAUCAGGCCAAUUUACUCCAAUCCACCAGUGAACGGCGCCAGAAUCGCUUCGACCAUUCUGAACACACCAGACCUGCGCUCUGUCUGGCUGGAGGAAGUCCAUGGUAUGGCCAACCGCAUCAUUAAGAUGAGAGAACAGCUGGUGGCAGGUUUGAAAAAGCAGGGUUCCUCCCACAACUGGCAGCACGUCAUCGACCAGAUUGGGAUGUUCUGCUUCACGGGGCUCAAACCCGAACAGGUUGAGCGUCUGACGAAGGAGUUUUCUGUCUACAUGACCAAGGAUGGUAGAAUUUCCAUGGCAGGCGUGUCCUCGGGAAAUGUGGGCUACCUGGCCGAGGCGAUCCACGCAGUCACCAAGUAGAGAGGAAGAACAUCCGAAUCAAAGCUGCAGCGUUGAGGAGCGUCAUGCGUUACUCCUCCAUUCCACCUUUUUAGAGAAGAGCUCGGCCUUUAGUCGUUCCUUUUCUUAUCUGGAUUUCAUAAUUAAAUUUAACGGUUGUUUAUUUUCGGGUUUUUCAGCUUUUUCACUGAUCGGGAUCCCCUAGCAAAGUAAAAAAAAUCAGUUUUUCCUUUUUGAGCUCGAUAUCCUAUUUAUUACACGGAGUCAUCUGUGAACUAUUGUCCUACUAAAUGUACACUCUUGACCUGCUGUGGGCUCAUUCACCCAUUUAAACAACAAACACCUUGAGGUAAUCUAUAAUAGCUUCAGAUGCAGGUUGAGAUCUCUGUUUCUUUGUGGAAGCUUGUAGGAAAAGCUUUAUUUUUUUAUUAGAUUUAUGUAAUAAUGGUGGUGUAGCACUUAAAACUAUGUGUGACAAUGUUUAAGUUUGGAAUUACUGGAUAUAUAGGUAUUUGUCAGGUUAUCUAUUAGUUUAACCUGAUCAGUCAUUCAGUUCUUUAUUGUUUAUUUGUCUUUAUUUACAAAUGGCUCUUCUCUUAUUUUCAGUUCUUUUCCUACAGGUUUUGUAAAUCUUAUGGUUUCAAUCUAAGUGACCACAAGGCAGCAGUCUCAGCUGGUCUUUUGAAAACCCUGAAUGCUAAAUAAGCACCAAAGUCAAGAGUGAAACAAAAGUAAGCAGAGUACUGAAACACUAUAUCAUUGACUGACUUCUGUUUAAUACAUUUCCAUGUUUUUUAAAAUAUCAUACCAAUGAAUUUGGAUUGUCAACAGCUAUGUUUACUGUCUCGUCUCGGAAGGAAAAAGGUCAUUCGUUUGCUCAGACGUCUUGUUUCAGUGUUUGCAUCUCUUCUUGAAACUGGGAGACACUGAUUAUAAUGUGAGUUUGAUUCCCUUUGCUCAUAUUUCUGGAGCUUUGUCUCUAUGCUGGUGCAUCCUGUGUGAUCUGAAGGUCAUGGGUCAUGUACACUGCAGAACAAAUAAAUCAUUCGAAGAGUC